AUGGCGGUCGGUUUAAUUAAUAGGCUCUUGUGCCUUUUCCUAAUUGCUGCUAUUUUAAACAAUAUUUUAUUUGACAAAACAGCUUUACAUGGAUGUAAAGCAUUCUUCUCUACGAUUGUUCAUAGAUUGCAAGCCGAUGGUUUGAUUUCAGCAAAUUCUUGCAAUAUAUGUUAUCUGCCUGGGAAUCGAGGCGUUAUGCGAAAGCACGGUAUUGAGACAGAUAAUGAUGCAGGACUAUUUGCGAUGGCUAACUUAACAACGUUACGAUUUACUAACGGGACCGGAAAGCAUAUAUUGUGUGAAGAAACGUUAGAGUUCCUGCAUUCACUGGGCAAAACUCAGAAUAUCCAUGGCCAAGAAUUUGACAACGAUUUGAGCAAGAAUGAAAUUCAUAUUUGCAUAAUAUUUAACACGGUUGGACGCACACAGAAACAAACAUGUUGCUUCUUUCAUAUUACGUGGAAGCUAAAAACUACCGUGUCUCUGCUAUUAAAACUCAAGCGACAGAAGAAGCCUGUCGCCUAUUACAGCAACUCAUCAGCGACGCGAAGGCUUGUACUGAGUGGAGAUAUCGAGGAAAACCCGGGCCCAAUUCAAGAAAGGAAAACCGUUGAAACACCAGCCGUACAAAGAACUAAAAUAAACGCCAAAUGCCCAAAUUGCACUAAGACCGUUCAGUCAAAUCACAAGAGAUUCCUGCGUACCGUUUGCUUUGAUUUGUACCACGCAAAAUGCACUAAUCUUAAGGGUAAAGAAUUGAGAAACACUCGUGCUGAUAAGCCUCAAAACUGGUUAUGUACUAAGUGUCAAAUAUCAACACUUCCGUUUUUCAAUUGCCAACAGGAAGAGUUUCUUAAUGCUAUAACGGAUAAUAACAUAGUAAAUAACUCGCUUGAGGAUUCAACAGAUGAACAUCUAGAGGCCCUUACUAGUAAGUCAAAACAACUUAAGCUCAUGCAUCUGAACACUCAAAGUAUGGUUUCCACAUUUGAUGAACUCUUAGUCACCAUCAGAGAGUAUCCUUUUGAUGUGGUAGCCAUGAGUGAAACAUGGAUGAAGAAUAAUCCACACCUGCUGCAAUAUGUAUCAAUACCAGGUUACACAAGCUUGUUUCGCAAUCGUGAUGAGAUUCGCGGCGGUGGCGUUGGUGUAUACAUAAAGAAUUCAAUCAACUUUAAACGUAGGACCGACAUUGAGAAAAUUGAGCCUGAGCUGGAGCAGAUCUGGGUAGAAAUCAGUGGCCGAAAUAAGAAUAGCAAACUACUAUUAGGUGUUAUGUAUCGAUCAAAUCGGAUGCAAGAUUUUCAAACUUGGAUAGAUAAGAGUGAAAACGUAAUCAGCCAACUGUGCACAGAGUGGGACGGGCUUCUCGUGAUCACCGGUGAUUUUAAUAUAGAUCUGCUCAGGCCUGAACAGCCCCAAGUAAAACAAUAUAUUGACAUGCUAGAAUCGCUCAAUCUUCAUCAACAUGUAGAGCAACCAACAAGGACAACGGCAAACUCUAAAACAUUAAUUGAUCACAUAAUAAGUAACAUACCAAGUCGAGUGACGCAUACGGGCGUAUUGCCUUGUCCAACGAUCAGCGACCACGACGCUCCGUACGUCUGCCUCAAUGUGAGAAUCACUCGUUUCGAACCCCGCUUCAAAUUUAUUAGAAAUGAACGACAAUUUGUUGAAAUGCCUUCCUUGAAGAUGUCGCAGCGUUACCACUGA